GUUAAUGAUCAGAGCCUGAUUGAUGUGGAGCAUCAUGUUGCUGUGGCCGCGCUGCGAGCCAACACCAUUAUCCUUAAUCUAGUUAUUUCACGGGACGCCCCUUAUAAUUCGAUUAGUUCAAGAGAGAUCAGUUCAUCCAGUAAAUCCGAGCCUAAAUCCGGACCCCCAACCUCCCCAUGCCUUCCUCUGACAUCAUCGAGAUUACAACGUUCGUCUGGACCCCAGCCUUGCUUGACUUCUUUUACAAUACCAGAAAUAUCAACAACUUCCAAUAUCGCUCCCUCGACGGAGGAGACUGCUUCCGGUUUAAUAGCAGCUAGUGGCGAAAACGUCGAUACUGAAGGGUUGCGAUAUUUUUCAUCCUCAACUACCUAUCCUGUUACCACUACGGCCAGCAUUGCCGUCAACAGCUGUCCUCUCUUAUCUGGCACAAGAGACUUUAUAAAUGGCACAAAAACUACGCCCUCUCAUCUUAUUUUCUCAUUGCCUCCUGUGUCUGCAGCGCACGCUUCGCCUGAUCACACACCUCUUCCGAAUCCCGCAUCAGUUACUUCACUGCUCCAGAUACUUCAUAUUUCUUGA